AUGCUUGCACUCAUCGUCGCUCUUGUCCUCAGCACCCGCAUCAAAGCCCAGACCUAUACUGCAACCUAUCUCCCGUCCAACGCGCCGGAUCACACACAGCAGGGUCAAUAUGGAACCAAUGAAUGCGGUUCAGUGUCGAGUCAAACGUCUUUGUGCCAGAAUGCGUACAUAAACUCAGUCGACGACUUCUGUCUCUUCGCGCCUCCAUACUCUGGCCCCAACGCGACUAUUGGCGACACAGAGCGCGUGGAAGUCUCCUGGUGUCUCAGAGACGGAUACGGCACGCGACUUAUCCCCGACGGGAGCAUCACUGGAGCCCAUUUCCUCCAAACGCCCGACUAUGUACAAGUCACGGGCGUCGGUGACCUGACGAGGCUCAACAUUCCAGCUGGCGAUCAAGGAGGAGAGCUCGAUCCUCAUGGUGCAGACGGUAAUGGAAAUCCCAUAGGCGGGCUAGUCUUUUCGAAUGCGUUUGGACAGCUUCAGCAACUGCAUGAAUGGACGAACUAUAUGUCGGAUACACAGUUUUGUUUCCGCGCGUGCAAGCCCGGCCCAUCUGCAACUUCGUUCUGCCAGCAUAUAUACGAUGUCAUGGGCUGUUUAUGGAAUAUGCCCGGAAACUACGACGCUGGGGUUUUCGAGCGGUGUUCUGGCGACGACGGCGAGCCCAUGGGAGUAUAUGGCACGUCGACUUGGAAGCAAAAUCAACCUACUACCCCCUCCGCCCACCCCGCCCCGUCGAGCUCGCUCUGCACAACAUAUUCUUCUAUAGGCAAUGGUUUACUGGUCCGCAGUGUUUCAAACGCAACAAAUGCGACCACAACGCCGACCAUGACGUCCGCGACCCAUUCGACCAUGAUCUCGGCUACACCGGGACCCACGUUCGGUGAUUCAGGCAUCACAGCAAGUAACACUGCCACAAGUUCUACCUUAAGCGGCUCAAGAAAGGUCAACUCCGGCACGCACACUAACUUUAUAACUGGCUGGCAAAUAUCUCUGAGCGCCAGUGCUAUUCUCUUGGGCUUGGCUCUUUGCUUUUAA